AUGUUAGAAAAUAUUGGCUCUACAAAAGCAACACUAUUCCGUCGAGUAAAUCAUUUUCGAAAGUAUUUACCGUCAGCACAUACUAUUAUCUCCUCUCCAAAGGAAGAAAUAGUUGAGUUAUGGGAUGAAGAAAAGGUAACACCAUUUGAGUAUCCGGCAACGGUAUUUUCAGAUCAAUGUACUGGAACUGCACCGCUUUCUUUAUUCAAGAAUAUCAGCAUAACUUGUUUACCUCAAUGGGAUAUGUUUGAUGAAAAGCAUUGCAUCAGUUUAAAAUAUCUUAACGUUAGCUAUUAUUUGCGGAAAUAUUCUACAAAAAAAGAUGGAAAUAGAACGGUAGUAUCAAUAGAAAGUAUUCCGGAAAAGAGUCAUCUGGUUCGUUGGUUGUACUGGAAUGGUACAGCAUGUAUUAAUGCUGUUUCAGCGGUAUUGAUUAAAUUUAUCACUCAUGAUGGAUUGUUGGAGGAUAUAUCAGCAAGUGUUCAUUAUACUAAUAUAACCAAGCAAAGUUAUUCUCAACAGUUUUAUCAAUUUGAUGCGGUUUUCAUCGAAAUUUCAUCCACUUCAAAUGCUGUAAAACUAGCACAAUCAUUGGGAUAUGAUAUGGGACAAAUUAUUCGAAUUGAAAGUAGCAAUAAUAAAACAUUUUUAAUUCCAUCCGGAAUGGAAUGUAAUAUGCGAAAACAGCAAGUAAAUAUACGAUUUGGUAUUCAAAUUAAUACGGCAUGUCGCCUUAGAAUUACAACGUGUACUCAGAUAUUAGCUCAAAUUCAAUAUUUACUCGAUGAAUGGAAAGCAGUAACUGUUUAUAGCUUCCCGUAUGGCACAAAUGAUACAGUUGCAAUGCAAAAUGAUAGAAAGAAAUGGAUGAAAGUUGUGAAUUAA